AUGAAAAUCAAAGUAUUAAUUUCUUUAUUUAUAAUUUUAGCAUUAUGUAUAACUUUGUCAUCCAGUAGAUAUAAUGAUGAUAAUGACAGAGAGGAUAGAUAUAAUGGAAGAAAACAUCAUUAUGAUGAUGAUGAUACCAUAGAGGUUGUAGUAAAAGUUAAAAUACCAAAUAAGCACAAUCACCAUAAUCAUCACCACAAUUAUAUUGAACUUGAUGAUAUUCAAGAUGAAAAAUGCAACAGAUGUAAAUAUUAUGACAAUACAAAAUUACAACAACAAAAAAUACAGCAACAAAAAGAAGAAGAAGAAUAUUAUCAAGAUCAAGAAGAAGACCAAGAGCAAGAUGAAAAUAAUACUGAUCAAGAUAAAUUAGAAAAAAACCAUCAUUUUAAUCGUUAUCAUCGUCGUGAUAUUUGUGGAUGCUUUAUAGGUUAUUAUGGUAAAGAAUGCAGAAAAAGAGAACUUAAUUAUCAAAAAAUGUUUAUUGAUUGGUCCAAUCAAUUUAAUAAAACUUAUUCAGCAGAUAGUUUUUAUAAAGUUUAUGAAAAUUUCAAAGAUUCAAGUAGAUUUGUUCAAGAGUAUAAUAAAAACAAUGAAACAACAAUGGAACUUGGUUUAACUCAAUUUUCAGAUAUGACACAUGAAGAAUUUCAACAUACUUAUUUAAGUGUUUUAGAUACUAGUGAACUUGAUGAAUCACUUUGGAAUCAAACUGAAACCGAAACACCAAUUCCAACUGAAACACCAACACCAACACCAACACCAACAACAGGUCCAUGUAGCGCUAAAAUUGAACAAACUAUCGAAACUUCAUGGGUUAGUGGUCAAACUGAUGAUUAUAUUCAAGUUAAGGUGACCAUUACAAAUGAUGGAGCAUUAUUAAUCAAUGGUUUUAACUUUUAUUUACAAGUUCAACAAAUUUGGGAAGUUUCAACCAUUGGUGAGAAUAAAUAUGGAUUACCAUCAUGGAUAUCAUCUAUUCCAAUAGGCGAAUCGAUUAGAUUUGGAUAUAUAAUGAAAUCUUCAGUCUUGGUAGAUUUACAACAAGUCAACUAUAUUUGUUAUCAUUCUAAUCAAACCGAGACCCCAACAAACAAACCAGGCUUAUUAAAAAGUUUAGGAAGACCAGCUAGUAUUGAUUGGAGAGUUUGGGGAUAUGGUAAAAACGUUAAAAAUCAAGGAGGUUGCGGAUCAUGUUAUUCUUUCUCUGCUAUUGGUACACUUGAGUCACAUUAUAAAAGAAAAUACGGAAUAGAUGAAGAGUUUUCAGAACAACAAAUUCGGAUUUUGGUGGUAAAUAGAGCUAAAGAUUAUCCAUAUGAGGCCACUGUUAAAGGAUGUCGUGCUCGUAAUGAAAAAUACUCAUCAAUAUUAAGUUUUGCCAUGAUUAAACGACAUGAUGAAGAAGAUUUAGCUGAUGUUGUUGCAACAAUUGGACCAGUUGCAGUUGCCUAUGACGCAUCUACUCGAGAAUUCCAGUAUUAUAACGGUGGUAUUUACUAUAGUGCUAAUUGUGAUAAAUAUAGAACAACACAUGCAGUUGUAGUUCUUGGUUAUGGCACAGAAAACGGUAUUGAUUAUUGGAUUAUUAAAAAUAGUUGGGGUCCUGAAUGGGGUGAGAAAGGUUAUUUUAGAAUGAGAAGAAACAUCGGCGAUAAAUGUGGCAUUGCUACAUCAUCAUCAUAUCCAGUUGUUGCUUAG